GCCAGCGAGAGUUACGCUAGCUGGCGGACUAGAGCGGCGCGUCCCGGCGGGGAGGGAGCGAGCGAGGAAUGGAGGAUGAGCGGAGCUUCUCGGAUAUCUGCGGCGGCCGACUGGCCCUGCAGCGCCGCUACUACUCCCCGUCGUGCCGAGAGUUCUGCAUCAGCUGCCCUCGGCUCUCGUUGCAUUCGCUCACCGCUGUCACCUGCACGGUGUGGCUAGUGGCCUAUGGACUCUUCACCCUUUGCGAGAACAGCAUGAUCCUCUCUGCUGCCAUCUUCAUCACUCUCUUAGGCCUGCUUGGUUACCUCCAUUUUGUCAAGAUUGAUCAGGAGACUCUGUUAAUCAUAGAUUCCCUUGGUAUCCAGAUGACUUCAUCUUAUGCCUCAGGCAAAGAAAGCACUACCUUCAUUGAGAUGGGCAAGGUGAAGGAUGUUGUCAUCAAUGAAGCUAUUUACAUGCAGAAGGUGAUUUACUACCUCUGCAUUUUAUUGAAGGAUCCAGUGGAACCACAUGGGAUAUCCCAAGUAGUACCUGUCUUCCAGAGUGCCAAGCCCCGCCUGGACUGCUUGAUUGAAGUGUACAGGAGCUGCCAGGAGGUCCUGGCGCACCAGAAAGCCACACCGGCAAGUCCAUGAGUCCCAGCAUUGAGAAGGCCAGUACUGUCUGCCAUGGGAGAGGACUCCUAAGCCAUAGUGGCUGGUUUAUUUUCUGUAUUCUAAACCAUCGGGUGGACACAGUCCUAGGAACCAGUAUGGAUGCAGUGGAUCUCAGAGCCACAGAGCAGGUGACUGGAAACCUAACUCAUUGUGUGAUGUUGAGCAAAUUCCUUCUGUGUAUUGUGGUGAUCCCCUUGUAAGGUUUUGCCUACUUCACCAACUGAGGGGAGACCUUAAGAAAUGACAUGUCAAAAGUAAUGUUGACAGAGAGCACUUUGCGAAAUUCCUAAGCAGAUUCAGGUUAACUUUUUGUAGGAUUUGUGGAGCAAGACCAUGGGAAACUGACAUCAGAUUUCUUAAGAAACAUAAUUUCCAACUGCAUAGUACCCCUGUAUAAAAGGAAAAAAUAGUCAAACCCUUCAGGUACUGGUGAGUACCUGGAAGAUGUCCUACAAAAGACUAGUCUCUGUCCAUCUAGCUCCUUUGUUUUCCGUACAGGGUUAAUUUAUGAUGACUCUCUUAAUAAACCUAUCUCUUUCCAAAACAUACACAAUAAUUGCCUGGUUCACAGACAGUUGCUUUUUAUUGACAAACAUGAACAUUGCAUUUCAGUCUUGGAUAUCAAGCACAUUAAUACUCUUCUGUUAUUCAGCAUUGUCUAUGGUUUCCAGCACUUCUUUUUCCAAGAAUGAUGACACAGAAGACCAGACAGAAAUUUGACUUUGGUUUCCAGACAUGUUAAAGAAGGAUAAACACAAACUGCAGAAGCCUUUGAUUAUAAGGCAGUGUCUUCUGUAUAAAAUUAAUACACUAUGGAAAGAUUCAAGAAAGGCUGGGAAGGAGCUAGGGUGGGGGAAAUAGCUGAACCCCCAAGUUCAGUGUGAACACAGCUCCAUUCUUGCUUGCUUUUUCCUUAGGAUCCUAAUUUUUUUUUUUUUUUUUUAACUCUCAGAUAGAUAAUAUUAUCCUCAUGGGUGUUAGAGAUACUCAGGAUAUUACAAAACUAGAGCUGUAAUUCCUGCCUUUUACAUCAGCUCAGGAGGGGUUAUUCAGGAGCCUGUGUUACAUGUGACAUUUGAAUUGUCCGAGGUAGAAAUGUCUCAGUUAGAUCUCCUAUCCUGGGGGAAAGGCAGCAACAGAAAUGGAAGAUGGCUGUAAAAUUGCCAGCCUUGCAAAGUCAAGUUUAUUUAAAAGAGACAGAUGCUCUGAUGUGCUUUUUUUUUUUUUUCCUGUAAAUCAUGUUUGUCAGUUUAAAGGGUGAAAGGAGGGAAGCUUACAGCAGCUGAGGUGUUCAGAGAAACUAGUUCCAACCUUGAAGUUUUUGCAGUGUGCAACACACACACACUUUGUGGAAGUCAAAGGCUUGGUUCUUGGAUACUCCUGCUCGAGCCACACAGUUUUCAGCCCUUGAUUGACAAAUGGUGGGACUGCCUUAGAACUAGGAAAUAAAGCUCAGCUUCUCCAAUGUCAGAGAAUCAGAGUGUAAA